AUGAUCGAUGAUCAAGACUUGGGAUUUUUCGCCAAUUUUCUCGGGAUUUUUAUAUUUGUCUUGGUCACUGCUUACCACUUUGUGAUGGCUGAGCCAAAAUUUGAAGGCAACUGAAACAUUUUACUCAAUGUUUUGUUCAUCAUGACAUGUACAUUAUUGGAAUGCAAUCAGUGGAUCAUGUGAAGUUGGUUCCAGUAAAUUUUGUGCGACGGGUGUUUAAUGUUUUAACUCUUUUUGCCUACUUGACACCGGUUAUGGUCAAUCGAUAGAAGUGAGUUUUUUUCUUUUA